GGGAAGAUAAAAAAAUUAAUCCAUUUCCCCUUUCUCCUUCCCCUACCCAAACCCAAUCAGAGGAAUUCUGGAAUCCAAAGAAGGGUUUUCAGGGUCGAGAGGUUAUGGAGUCGAAAAGCACAUCUCCGUACCGUUCGGUUCGUACGGUCGUUGUACUGCCGGCGUUGUUGUUGCUGCUGCUGAUGAGCUGCUCUGGUCGUGUUCAAGGUGGGGAUAUAGUUCACCAUGACGAUGUAGCUCCGAGGAGAGCUGGUUGUGACAACAACUUUGUUCUGGUCAAAGUUGCAACCUGGAUCAAUGGUAAAGAGGAAAUGGAGUUUGUAGGAGUUGGUGCUAGAUUUGGCCCAACCCUGGAGUCAAAAGAGAAGCGUGCCAAUCAAACAAGACUUGCUAUUGCUGACCCUCCUGAUUUGUGUAGCAAACCGAAGAAUAAGCUUACUGGUGAGGCCAUACUAGUCCAUCGAGGCAAUUGCAGUUUCACUACAAAAGCUAAUGUCGCAGAUGAUGCCGGUGCUUCAUCUAUCCUGAUUAUAAACAACCAAACAGAGCUCUUCAAGAUGGUCUGUCAAGGAAAUGAGACUGAUUUGGUUAUUGGCAUACCUGCUAUCAUGCUCCCUCAAGAUGCAGGCAGAAGCUUGAUAGACAAUAUUAUGAACAAGUCAAGGGUUUCUGUGCAGUUGUAUUCUCCAAGGCGUCCUGUGGUUGAUGUAGCUGAAGUAUUUCUGUGGCUCAUGGCUGUUGUUACAAUCUUAUGUGCAUCAUAUUGGUCAGCUUGGUCUGCCAGAGAAGCAGCAAUUCAGCAAGAUAAGCUGCUUAAAGAUGGCUCGGAUGAAUACCGUGGCAUGGAUGCCACACAAACCAGUGGUGUGGUGGACAUCAACACAAUGUCAGCAAUUCUCUUUGUUGUCAUGGCUUCCUGCUUUUUGAUCAUGCUCUACAAACUAAUGUCCGCCUGGUUCCUUGAGAUUCUGGUGGUUUUGUUCUGCAUCGGCGGUGUAGAGGGUUUGCUUACCUGUUUGGUUGCAUUGUUAUCCUGUUUCAGAUGGUUUGGAAGUGCUGCAGAAACUUUCGUAAAAGUACCUUUACUUGGGGCAGUAUCAUAUCUGACUCUUGCUGUUUCUCCAUUCUGCAUAGCAUUUGCUGUUAUGUGGGCUGUUUUUAGACGAGUAUCCUUUGCUUGGAUAGGUCAAGAUAUACUUGGUAUUGCGUUGAUUGUCACAGUUCUCCAAGUUGUUCGAGUUCCAAAUCUUAAGGUUGGGACGGUUCUUCUGGGCUGUGCUUUUUUGUAUGACCUUUUUUGGGUGUUUGUUUCAAAAUGGUGGUUUCAUGAGAGUGUGAUGAUAGUGGUUGCUCGUGGUGAUAAAAGUGGAGAGGAUGGAAUCCCCAUGCUGCUGAAAAUUCCACGGAUGUUUGACCCUUGGGGUGGAUAUAGUGUCAUUGGUUUUGGUGACAUUAUUCUACCUGGUUUACUAGUUGCAUUUUCGCUAAGGUAUGACUGGUUAUCUAAAAAGAGUCUCCGUACAGGUUACUUUCUAUGGGCAAUGAUGGCUUAUGGUUUAGGUUUGCUUGUAACAUAUUUGGCUCUCAAUUUGAUGGAUGGACACGGCCAACCUGCAUUGCUUUACAUAGUUCCUUUCACUUUAGGAACCUUUUUGACAUUAGGAAAGAAAAGAGGCGACCUCAAGCACUUAUGGACGAAGGGGGAUCCGGACCGGCCUUGUCCCCAUGUCCAACUCCAACCCGCGGAUUAGGUAAAUACUGCAAAGCGCCAAUCUAAUCUGAUAUACGACUCUGCUCCAAGUUUAGUGUGCACAAAUUAGAAGUUUGAUAAUCGUACGGCCACAAUUGUCUUUGUAACAUGUUCUCCUGCUUGAACUUGGUGUGUAUAAAUAUGGGUAUUUCAGUAUGCUUAACAAACAACCAAAUUCUAACAAUGGUAUGUGCUUCAAGGUUUACUGUCUCUUCUAUCUUUGGCCUGCAAAAAAGAAAUAAAUAAAUGCAGAAAGUCAGA